AUGGCUCUCCGCAAACCAGACUUCCACCUUCAGAUGCCUUCCAUGAGCCAGUCGGACAUCCAAUACCAGACGCGCAGUCCUAUGCGAAGCCCUCGUUUCCGCGAGGAUUUCGACGCCCCGUUCUCCGAGUCUUUCCUGGAUCCGCUACCACCCCCAAAGACGUCCUAUUAUGACGAGAGCAAAAACAAGAUUGCACCGCCGCCUCAACGGAGCUACGACGAUAGUUGGGUGCCGCCCAAGCGACGACCAAGCGUCAACGACAAAGUUCUGCAGUGGGCCAAGCGAUCCCUGACCAUCAAACGACAGCGCCCACCUCGCCUGGGUGAUGGCUUCGCCGAUGCGCGAGCACCUUCAUCGAGGAGCUCUAGGAGAAUUAGUAGCAUGCCGGUAGAGACAACCUUCGGCAAGCGCAAUACUCACAUUCAACCCCCUACCAUCAUCACCGUGGCCGAAAUCCCCAAACCAGUGUGA